AUGACACAGGAGCAAGCUGUGCACGAGGCGAAACUGGCAGUGGCGCCGUUCGAGCUGGAAUUUGUCACUGUUGGUUGGCAUAAAGUAUAUGGCAUACAGCAGCGUGUUGCUGAGCGCCUUGUUGAUCGCGAGAAUAUCAUACUGGCGGGUGAUACAGCGCACACUCACUCCAGUGGUACGGCUCAGGGUAUGGACGUCGGGAUGCACGAUGUUGUAAGCCUCGGCUGGCGACUGGCCGGCGUCCUGAAAGGAUGGUAUCCCCAAGCAGUUCUGGUGAACUACUCAGACGAGCGCAAAGCUGUAGCACAGCAACUCAUCGACAACGACAAGGUUAUCAGUACACUCAUUUCAGGACAGAAACCAGAGAGCAUGCAAGAUCGGCCAGAGGAUGUCAUGACGUUGAUGAACGAGUUCAUGGACAAGACUGGCGAUUUCGGCCUAGGUCUCGGCGUGAAGUAUCCCAGGGUGAACCUGCUCAAUGAUGGCGACCAUGCUUAUGCCGGAGUCAAGAUCUUUCCUGGCAAUCGAGCACUCGAUGCGCUCUUUGCAAGGCCAGGGUUUCGUCGUCAAAAUGUCAGGCUGCACGAGGUGCCCAAGAACAAUGGCAAGUUCAAGGUAAUGGUGUUCGUUGGCAAGCCUGACAUGACACGAUCUGCACUUUCUGGCCUGAGAGCUCAAGUCGACAAGUACAAGGAUAGGCACGCUCAUGCAGUCGACUUUCUAACCAUCAUAAAGGGUCUUGGUCUGGCGUUUGACGAGCCUCUGGGUAUGCGAAAGUUCGGCAACGCGUUUUGGGAUAUCGACAGCAGUGCGCAUUGGACGUACGGAAUUGCAGACUUCGAUGGUGCAGUCGUUGUGCUUCGACCCGAUGGUAUCAUCGGCGCAUCUGCACCGUUGAGAGGGUAUGAGGAGGUCGUGGUGCCGUACUUCGAUCGCUUGAUGCUCGCUCGAGCCUCGGUCAAGCAAGCCCAAACGAUCGACCAGCGUCAUAUCGGUGAGCUACAUGUACUCAACCCUUUCGAGAACAGCCUUACACAUUCUCGGAAGAAUGUAGAAGUGUCGACAUGA